AUGAAGCUCCAGCCAUGGACACACAGCAAUGGGGUCCAGAGGCGACUCUUACGCCCGUCUGUCCUUGAUCUCUUGCAGCCAGCUCACAUCCCACGCAUAUCCUCCCCCCUCGCCCGCCUGUACCACCCCCUCGAAGCGCUCAGAGAUGCCGACGUCGACAUAUUCCGACAGCAAUAUUUUGCCCUCGAGCAGCCCGUCCUCCUCCCGCGCUCUCAGUUCCGUGACCUACCUGCUGUAAAGCACUGGUUCGAGCGCAGCAGCUCCCCGCCGACCGCGACCGGUCGCUCUGCAACUCGAUUGAACGUGGAAUACCUCCAAACACACGGCGCCGACGCGUUCGUCCCACUGGAGCUCACCGAGCUAUCCGCCCACAACGCAUCUUCCAAUGGCGAUGGGUCACAUCAAAGUGCGGCAUCGGAUGUGGUGAGCUUCCGUCAGUUCCACGCACCGCUUACCCUCUUUCUCGAAUGGAUGCGCAUGGCGGAGACAUCGCCGCAGUCGACGCGACUCUACCUCGCACAAUGCCAGCUUCUCGACCUGCCCCAAGUUCUUCGGGAUGACUUUCCGACGCCAGAGAUCGUCCUGAUGGCCGGCAAGGGCGAUGUUUACGACACGAAUGUCUGGAUUGGACACCCGCCUACAUAUACCCCGCUCCAUCGCGAUCCGAACCCGAACCUCUUCGUGCAGCUGGCUGGACAGAAGGUGGUGCGACUCCUAGCACCAUCGGAAGGACAGGCGCUGUUUUCCUCGAUACGGCGGCAACUGGGCAAAAGUGGGGGCAAAGAAGCGGCUGCGAUACGGGGCGAGGAGAUGAUGCAAGGUCAAGAACGCGCACUGUUGGAUGAUAUGGUGUGGGGUGCGGCUUCUACAGGUUCGGAGGCUGGGUACGAGGCGAAUUUGGAGGCCGGAGAUGGUCUGUUCAUUCCGAAGGGGUGGUGGCAUAGCAUCAAAGGCCUUGGAGAGGGGGUGACUGCGUCGGUAAGUGCUGCCCGUGUGCCUCGAUCCACACUUGCGGUCGCGGAUGCUAAUCAUAAAGUAGGUCAAUUGGUGGUUCCGAUGAAAGCAAGAAUAAUGACUACUGUAGAUAUGGAAUUUGAGCUCUACUUCAACUACCAAGUGCACACCCCAAGCAUGCAGUUGUCGCGCACAGCCUACCGCGCCGCCCUCUUCCACCUCAGCGUGAACCCGAUCCUUGUCCGCGCCUCCAUCCCCACCUGGUCCCUGAGCUCUACCGCCCAGCUACCCCAGACCCCGACCUCCCGACUCUACACCAUCCUCUUCCCCCUGUGCGCGCCUGGUGGCAGAGCCCUUGAAUCAAUUCGCCAAUCGCACACGAUGUCCUCCUCGCAAUCAGACUCCGCCCCACCCAAGCAAGAGACCAACGAGUCUCAACUACAAGAAGGAACCCAGGCGCAAUCCCCGCAAGAACAUCUCUACCUCCCCGAGGCCGAGAGUUCUAGCGAUGGUCAGCCCAAACAGCUGCGCCUCGAUCUCGGUGCCGACGGCGGGGUCACCCUUGACCACCUUGGUCCCAUGGUUGUUAAUGUCGACGGGUCGCUCUCGCGGAUCGGAAAUUGGGAGCAGAUGACCGAGAUCGAGCGCAAAAAUACGAUGCGGAUCUUGGGGAAACGCAAUAAGCAGCGCCUGGAGGUUUUGAGGGCUGCUGAUGAGCAGAAAUGA